AUGGCAUCAGCUGAUGACGACGGCUCUGCACCGCCGAUCCGCGCCUGUCUCGACGGGGCAGAGACCGUGCGGUUGCGGUUGGCGUUUCAGCCAAAGGUAAAAAUGUCUGACUCAUUCUGGCAGUUCCUUGUGAGUGAAGGAAGAAAAAGGUUGAUGGAGUAUAACAGGAAGGAGAGGAACAAUGUUAGAGUAAUCAGAUCAAACAAUACCUAUAUCGGAUCUAGAGAAUCUAAGAGGAUACGUGCAACCGAGCUUGCGGUAAUGUUGGGUUGGCAAUAUACAGAUUGGCAAGGAAUUAGCAUUAAAAAAUUAUUGACCAAUACAGAGAAGAAGAAUCUAGCUGAAGGUAAGAUCACUUGGAGAUCUCUGUCGAUCGAGGAAUAUAAGCCAAUAGAAUGCUGCAGUAAGGAAGCCAAAACCACAGCUCAGGUACGAAUGAUGAUUUGA